UGUGUGUGUGUGUGUGUGUGUGUGUGUGUAAAAACGUAGAGCCUAAAGAGUCAGAUGUGAUCCUGCAGCUCCUCGGUGCGCGUGAACUCUGCGCGCGCGCACGCACACACACUACCUGCGGCUCAGGUAAACUCACAGGAAGAGUCAGAAACAAACCGCGUCCAAUAACCAGGAGGAGUGUGUGUGUGUGUGUGUGUGUGAGUGUGAGUGAGUGUGUGAGUGUGUGAGUGUGUGAGUGUGUGUGAGCGCGGUUUUAUGGAGUGUUAAUAAUAAUAAAAAACACGGACAGAAGGUGUGUUUAAGAAAGAAAAAGAAAUCGCUUCAAUCACAAAAACACACUUCCGCCAUCGGAACUGCGAACUGAGGACAACACCAGGAGUUCCUGUCGAGUCUAUGAGUGUGUGUGUGUGUCUGUCAGGUCGACUGAAGUGUACAAUGCCUGAACACAGCACUGGGACCAAACACAAGUCCCGCCCACACUCGCACCGGUCGGGACGCUGCAGGUCUGAGUGUUACAGGUCGAGUCGAUCCGGUACUAGAGACAGCUCGAGUAAUCAGGACUUUUACCAAGAUCAUCACACCACCAAGCAGGAGUCGUACAGGAACCAACGCAACACCAAUCAGGACUCGUACCAACAUCACUACACUGAUAUUUCUCAGAUCAUUGAGCCACAGCUGCCCCACAGUUCACCACACUAUGCUAAAACCACCAUAAUUUCAUAUCGGGAGAAUCACGAUUCAUACAGAGAGAAUCACAAAACAACUCAGGAUUCAUUUCGGAACCACCAAACAGCUUCUCAACACUUUUACCAUGAUAAUCAGGAACUUUAUCACAACCACACCCCCAGUCCAGACCGCAGAAUGUCCCAGGAUUCAUGCCGGAAUUAUUAUUCCAGCAGUCAGCACUUUGCCCAUCCUCCACGUGCCAUCGUUAUCGACACCCAGCCGUCCCAAAGCUGCUCUAACGGACUGAUCCCAAGUGCUCCUUGUGGCUCAUGUUCCUGGUCAGACUGUCGAGCUCUGAUCUGCUGCAUCCUCACCUGUGGCUUUUAUGGCCGUCAGCAGCCCUGCGUUCCCCCCAACGAGAGUUCCACCGACCCACCACCCAAAUCCGAGUCCGAACCACACCGUGCCGAGCCCAAAUCCGAGCCCAAGACCACUCACCUGCCAAGUUCUGGAAGUUUCCGUUAUGGAGAUGUCUACUUAGCAGGAAAGAAGGUAGUUUACUCGCCAAACUCUGAGGCUCCGGCUCGACGCGGCAGAUCUACCACAAAGGGCGAGAGCCAAAGACCCAUUAGCAACACUAGCAUUUACUCCAGAGAGGAUCUGGACGUGGAUGAAGUGGAUGAUGGAGGCACUGAUAUAGACUCACUAAUCACCAAGAAGCUUCUAGAGCUUUAUAAACUGCACCAGAUCGAGCAGCUAGCCAAGUGCACGUCAGACCUGUCCUUCUCACGCAAGACGAACGAGAUCAGCGACCUGAUCAACAGUAUCGCUCAGGACUACAACCUGGAGGAGCAGGAGGCCGAGUGCCGGCUCGUCCACGGCGUCAUACGCAUCAGCACACGCAAGUACAAGUCUCAGACUUCUAAAGGCUAUAAAAGCAAAGACUACAAAUCCCAGGAUGUAUUGCUGCAGCCAAACGGGCGGAGGGAUGGGACCCUGCCGGACAGUGGCAAUGAAACCAUGACCUUUACCUUCAGCACUGAUGAACCGGAGAUGCUGGUAUCUGAUCUGACGCCAUCUGAUGUACUGGCGAGGAAGAUGCGAGGACACAGCAGCCGAAGUGCGUAUUCCUCAGGACUGGCCACGGACUCCUCUGCAGAACCGCUGCUGUGCUGACGGCGCCGACGCCUGACGGAGACUCAGACGGUUGUAGACACUGCCAGGCUCAAUCAAACCGCAGAUUACAGACCAGACGUCUGCAUCCGUGACUAUUUGAAUUACAUACUUACUGAAGAGGUCACUGCAAUAUUAAACACCAAACAGAGGUAUUAUGGAGACACAGCUGGAUUAAACACGCCUUAUAGAUGGCAGAUGUUUAGAGACACAUCUGCAUUGCCAGAUUAAACACCUCAGAACAGGGUUAGAGAUGACAGAUUAUAGAGGACAGGAGGAUUAAACUGGAACUGCACACCUGGAUUAAACACCUCACUAUGGUCUGAAGAAAACACCGGGAUGGAUCCAGGAUCUUCUUACCUGAUUGUAGAGCAUUGUCAUCCUUAGUCUUGUCCAUGUUGUAGAUCAGAUGUCUGGAUUAUAGAUUAGACACGACACAGCUGGAAUUAGAGAUGUGUGUGAUGGAUUAAACACCAAUAAGAGAGGAUGCUCCUCCAGAUGGAGUACUGACACUGAUCUGAAGCUCUGCCUGGAUUUUUUUCUUCUCCCAUUCCCCCGCUCCUCAUUUGUGUUUUAUCAGAUGGAGGGUGUGUGUGUGUGUGUGUGUGUGUGUGUGUGUGUGUGUGGGUGUUGGGAUUAAACUCACACUCCAUACUUGUGAUUAUCCUGUAAAAAGUGUCCUGUGGUUGAGUCACAGUGCUGGAACCUGAGGAACCUGUGCUGCCGCUGCUCAGAGACCACAAGCUGACUUUGGAAGCUAUAUGUUUUGUUUCUGUGUCUCUCACUCCGACAUGUUGUAGUGCAGUGUGUGUGUUCUUCCUCCUCAUUAACCUCGUCACUCAGGCUCUGUGACCUCCUGCCAUGUUGUGUUGCUUGCUCACUCUUAAAGCAUGCUGUGGUUUGUUUGUUUUUUGUUUUUUUUAAUACAAUGUGUGUUUACAUGUGUGUGGUGUAAAACCGCCACAGACUGUGUUACAAUUAUGUGAAUGAAGCCAAGUCUUAUUCUCUAAAAUCUGCACUUUUAUACACAAUCAUCUUUUCUCUCUGCUUAACUUCUCUGAAAAUUACAGCCUCCUGUGUGUGUGUGUGUGUGUGUGUGUGUGUGUGUGUGUGUGUGUGAGUGAGUGUGAGUGAGUGUGUGUGAGUGUGUGUGAGUGUGUGUGAGUGUGUGUGAG